AAACAUUACGCAACAGAGAGCAGAGCACUUUUGGAAACUUAAAAUGAGGACUUUUAUUGCUUUUAUCUCGGUGAUAUUCUGCCUUUUAAAAUUAACCAAUGCCCAGGUAACAAAUUGUACUGGGAGUGAGGAUAGACUUAUUGAAUUUGGAUGCAGGGCAUUUACAGGAUGUCGGAACGAGACUUUUGUAAAUGUUGAAUGCGAACCUGGUUAUGUGGUAGAUGUUGAACGCCUCUUGUGCGACUUGCCAGAAAAUGUGCCGGCACCUUGCGGAGGAAACAGGAACUGCACAGGACUACCAGAUGGCACUUAUCCGGAUUAUUUUAACAAUUGCACCUCUUACUACACAUGUCAAGGUGGAGAAAGCCGAGGAACAACAAUUUGCCCAGGAGAUCUGGUGUUUGAUGACUUUAGAAAUAUCUGUGACAGAGUGGAGAAUGUGUGCGAGCCCUGUGGUACUCUUUCUCCUGAAAACUGUAUACCAACACCUCCAUUUACCGGAAGUACGGUCACGACAGAUGAAGUUUCUACAGAGCCCCCUAUCAUCAGAAACUGUACUGGGCGGCCCGAUGGAUACUACCCAGAUUUGGAGGAGGGCUGCAGAACAUUAUACACGUGUCGUGAUCAGGUCAUGAGUGGCUAUUACGAGUGUCCGGAUGGCUUAGUGUUUGACCCUGAAGAUAACAUUUGUGACUGGCCAUACGGGACAUGUCCUCCAUGUGGGGACGGUUCAAGAAAAAAUCCCGGAUACUGCAAAAACUGCACUGGCCUUCCUAAUGGCAAAUAUCCAGACCUUGACGGAUCCUGUUCAGGUUCCUUUACAUGCGGCUUUGGCGUUAUGACGAAACGGACAAUUUGCCCACAAGGUGAAGUGUACGACCCAGAAAGAGGUGCAUGUACUGCUGAGGUGGAAGACGUCUGUCCGCCAUGUUAUAACGGAUCUGGUAGUCCUCCCGCGCGAUGCCCUACUGAAGCUCCCGCCGUACAGGAACCUGGUGUAUAAUCUAUCAGCUAAUGACAAUGUGCAAUACUACAAUACUAUAGACAUUUUGUAUUAAGAACAUAAGAACAAUACAAAUUAUAUCUGUCAAAUGGUUUAGUUUUUACUUUUAGGUGCUAUAUGGAAAUAAAGAUGGCAGAAUUAUGCGUAUAUAAUGUCGCUUGUACAUGUAGAAACAAUAUGUCACCUUUUGAUAAUUGUAAUAGACCAGAAACUUGUACAAG